UAAAAAUCCUAGUGUUCAAAUAAAUUAGCAUCAUCGUAAUUAUUAAAAAAAAACAACAAUCAAACUCAAAUCAACUGUUUACCGCUGGGGCGUGUCCAAAAAUUAUUAAUUUUAACGUGAAACAAUAUGAGCCGAUGUAUUCUUAAAUGAAAUUUUGUGAAAUACAAGAAAAAUGGAUACUUACCUUGUCGUAACACUUUCUUCCAUUCUUAUUGGUACAACAAGUGCUAGCAUUUAUGGCAGUGAAAAUGCAAUCAAUGGCAUUAACAAAGUGCCUAAAAUAGAAGGACAGGACAUCAUCACUUGGUGUACCACAUCUCUGCUGGAGAACCAGAAAUGUGAGAAACUGGCCCAAUCAGUUUUACAAGAUAAGGGGCUGUUUGGAAAGGAUUUUAUUGAAUUGAAGUGUAAAAGAGCAUUUGAUACAGAGGAAUGCAUGUCAUGGGUGGACCGUGGUGAAGCCUCCUUGCUUGGUUUAGAUGCAGGAGAAGUAUAUGUUGCUGGCCGGUACCACUCCCUAGUACCCAUUCUACAAGAGUUAUAUGGUGCAAGCAAGCCCUACCAAUAUUCGAUAGCAGUGGUUCGCAAGGGUGCUUUGCCAUCAAUCCAGCCUGGCUAUGGAUUGUCCGGACUUCGAGGCGCAAAAGCCUGUUUCCCUGGCGUUGGAGCUCUUGCCGGCUGGGUCAUGCCCAUUCAUGUUUUAAUGCAAGAAGGAGGUUUAAAAAUAACAGACUGCAACAAUCACGUAAAGUCAGCCAUAGAGUUCUUUGGUGACUCCUGCGCACCUAACUCAUUGAAAGACAUGUACAAUCCCAUCGGAGAUAACUCUGACAAAUUAUGCAAGCUGUGUGCGGGUGGGGCCGGCAUUCGGUGUACUUUAGCAGAUCCUUACGCUGGUUACGAAGGCGCGUUACGCUGUCUCAUUGCCAAUAACUCAGGAGAUAUCGCCUUCGUUCGGGAUACCACUGUACAACACGCUUUGCUUUCACAUCAAAUACUUGGUGGUGUAACGGAGGAUCAAUUCGAGAUAAUCUGUCGCGACGGUUCACGACGCCCUGUCACGGAUUCAGAGAACUGCAACUGGGGUCGAGUCCCGGCUGACGCAAUCGUCACCAGCAGUGCUGUGUCCAUGGAACAGAGGAAAAAAUACCAAGACUACUUACAAGUGAUAUACCAACUGUAUGGAGAACCGAACCCUCUGAAUAAGAUCUACAACAAUAUAACGAACGGGGUCCAACCUGGUGGUUACAACCCAUACUCAUCUACCGAGUCUUCGCGGUACCCAUACGAGACCUUCAACAGAGAUAACAGAUUUAACAACAACUUUAAUAACAGACAGAAUGAAUAUGAAGAAGAUAUGAAUAAUAAAGCAAGCACUAUGCCGCCAUUCAAGAACCGUGUGGACUCAUCAGGGCAACCUAUAGAAUCGAUAUUCCAACUCUUCAGAUCCAAUGAAACUACAGAUUUAUUGCUACAGGACGCGACGGUGAACUUCAGAGUAUUAAAAGAAGAGGAACAGGCGGCUAAACAUAUACUCAACAACAAGUUCGUAGGGGGACAGGCAGAGAACGCAGUGUUAGCCAUCCGAGACUGUCCUAUAAAGAGAGCUACGCUGUGUGUCACAAGUGAUCAGGAAAUGGAUAAAUGUCUUAAAAUGAGGGUAGCUCUCAAAGCCGCUUUCCUGUCUCCUACGCUAGUCUGCUGGCGGGGGCACAGCACCCGGCACUGCGAGCGCGCCAUCGCGGAGGGGGCCGCGGACUUCGCCCUCUUUGACUCGGCAGACAUGCUGCAUGCCGCCAACAUGCAUCGACUUGUGCCUUUUAUGCAGGAGAUCUACUCAAGCGGUGAUAACUGGUACUACGCAGUGGCAGUAGCUAAAGAACAAGAUCCCGAUACAGAUUUAACGUACCUGCGCGGGAAGAAUGCUUGCCACACUGGACUCGGUACGGCCGCUGGAUGGGUGUUCCCGCUUGCUUACCUGAUAUCCAACGGAUGGAUUCGAUCGUACGGGUGCGACGGUGCGCACGCGGCGGCGGAGUACUUCACGAAGUCGUGCGCGCCCGGGGCACUCAGCGCGGAGUACGUCGACUCCGGAACUGUUCCACACGACAACCUAUGCCAUCUCUGUCAUGGCGCGUCCUUCAGACGCUGCCGUCGCGACGCUAGUGAAGACUACUUCGGUCAUGUAGGCGCAGUUCGUUGUAUGGUAGAAGGGGGUGGUGAUGUGGCCUUCGUCCGACACUCGGCUCCGGCUGAAGUGUCUGCUGGAAGACGUCGUGAAUGGUGGGCGAGAGAUCUCCUACCCGACGAUUUGCAGCUGUUAUGUCCCGAUGGUACUCGCGCAAAAAUGCAUGAAUACAAACACUGUAACUUGGGCAAGGUGCCUGGUUCCGUUCUCAUGGGUAGACCCAACCAUACUGAACUGGACACAUACUCGAACUUGAUGGUGUAUGCACAGCAAUUCUAUGGAGCUGUAACUACUGACGAAUUCAGUUUCAGCAUGUUCUACUCUCAACCGCCUUACUCCGAUCUAAUAUUCAGCGACGUGGCUGUACGACUGAAGCCUUUGGCUCACAACAAGAGAUCAGCUGAAAUUGUUGCUGGUCCUGCACUGAUAAGAGCAGCCCGUAUUGUCUCCUGUGAUGCUCCACAAGCUUCAUACUAUGUAGCGUCUGAUCCAGACUUCUUGUCCCAUGCAUACAGUAACGGUGUUAUGGGACAUUUAUUAGCAAUUUCCCUAUUUUUGUUAGCCUUAUUGAGAUAGUUUUACCUCCUUAUGAUUAUAUAAACUAUAGAAAUAGUAGUCUGAAAUCUAAAUAACUGAGACUAGUUAACAGCUGAUAAAGAUUUAGUAGCAUUUAUUUUUAUGAUUAUAAUAGACUGUAUAUGUACCUAACAAAAGACAGUGAUGUACAAUUGAGUUUUUAUACAAUCUUUAUUUUAUAUUAUUAAUCAGUUUACAUUAUUUUUAUUAUUGAAACAUACCUUGUUGUAUGCAAUAUAGUUUUUAAGACAUUCCUAAGUGACUUAACAGAUCUGAGCUAUGAUAUUAUAAUCUAAGAAGACAAUGAAGCAACCUUAUGAUUUAGGAUAAGCUUUUUUGUGUUUUGCAGCUACGACUUCUUUACUUCCGUCCAAAUGUGUGCCUAGAUUAUUUAGAUAUUAUCAUUUUUAUACCGUCCAAGUGAAUAGCGUGUAUUUUUAUGAAAUAAAAUAUUUU